CAUUCACCACGCACCUUAAUUAGCGUGUAAUCGUUGUUAAGUCGUCGAGAAAUAGUCUCAAUGCGUCUCACAGUUCAAUGCAAUCAGUCACGUCAUCUAGCCCGCGCAAAAUGCACGGUUUGCCGCGAAAACUCAUCCUGCGCGAAUUAAAAAAAAUAAAGUGGCAUAGGAAGUUCUCAACCCCAGCCGUGCUACAAAAGGACGAGUUCAUUUUGAAGUCAACAUUGUCCGAUGUUAUUAUACCGAAAAUAAGUUUCACUGAACGAUUGUGGAAGGAUAAAUCGAAGUUUGCAAAUCUGGUCGCAUUGGAAAGCGUGGAAACCAAGAAGUCUUACACCUAUGAUAAACUUCAAAAUUACGCGGCAAACUUCGCCACCUUUCUAGUCAAGUAUGGGCUGAAGCCUGGAGACGUGGUGGGCUUGAUGUUGCCCAACUGCCCAGAAUUCCCUGUGGUAGCCCUUGGGACUUUGCAGGCCGGCUGCGUUUUAGCGACUAUCAACCCUAUUUACAAGGAGUUCGAAGUAUCUCAUCAUGCAAAAAUAGCAGAGCCGAAACUUGUUGUAACAUCACCAGAGUGCUACGAUUCAGUAGUGAAAGGUUUGAAAACAGCAAGAAACGACUCAAAAAUUAUAAUAGUAGAACAACCAAAUACUAAAACGCCAAAUGGCACUAUAAAAUAUUCUGAAAUCGCUGAAAAUGGUAAAGCAGAUUAUACACUAUUGGAUAAAAUUGAGAGGAAAGAAGAUGACCUGGCGAUAAUUCCGUUCUCAAGUGGGACUACUGGCUUACCCAAAGGUGUGGAAAUAACCUAUAAGAAUAUCCUGGCAGCUGUGGAUAUAAUGGAGAGAAAAGAAAAUUGUUUCCCUGAAUUAGCUUGUAGUAGUUUCCAAGACAUAGUACCAUGCAUUCUGCCGUUCUACCACAUAUACGGAAUGAUAGUUACACUCUUCGGCCAUCUUUCUAAAGGCUGUAAAUUGACCACUUUGUCUUCAUUUUCUGCGAACUUGUACUUGAAUCAUUUGAAGACUCAAGAUGUCACGCUAUUGUAUGUUGUGCCUCCUGUCGCAAUAUUAUUGGGGAAACAUCCAGACGUAACUUCGGAACAUUUCCGCAAAGUCAAGCGAGUGAUAUGCGGCGCGGCGCCUCUAGCCGCUUCGGAUGCCGAAGCUAUUUUAGAAAAAAGUAAUAACAAUCUAGAAUUCUCACAAGGCUACGGAACCACAGAGACGACCUCAUUAGCCACGGUAUGUUUCAUAGGAGCCAAGAUUGUGGACUACGACUGUAGCGGCGCGCCCAUGGCUGGGGUCAAGAUCAAAUUUGUCGAUCCUAUCAGUGGGGACAAUUUGCCCAUAGGACAGUCUGGUGAAAUAUGCGUUGGAGGCCCAAUAAUAAUGAAAGGCUAUCAUAAAAAUGAGGAAGCAACUAAAGAAUGUAUUACAGAAGACGGUUUCUUCAAAACUGGUGACCUUGGAUACUACAACGACACGCCUGGACAUGGUCUCAAGAUUACUGAUAGAAUCAAAGAAUUAAUUAAGGUCAAAGGUCUUCAAGUAGCUCCAGCUGAAUUGGAAAGUAUCCUUCGUUCUCAUCCGAAGGUAGCCGAAGCGGCAGUCAUAGGUGUUCCUCACGAGUUCUAUGGAGAAACUCCGAAAGCUUUCGUCAUUCUGAAGAAAGAUGCCAAAAUACCUUCGGAGGAACUGCAGCAGUUUGUUGCGAAUAAAGUGGCCUCGUUUAAGAAGAUCGAAGAGGUUGUGUUUGUGAAUGAAAUACCCAAAACUGCGUCGGGAAAGAUUUUGAGGAGGGACUUGAAGAAAAUGUAUGCGUAGUUUAGGAAAAAGUAGUUUUGAUUUUCAAGUAACUUCACAAAUUCUUUUCGCUAACCGUUCUGUUUAAAGCACUAGUCAAUUUUUCUAGCUAUGAAGCAGGCAAACGGGCAUGCGGCCCACCUGGUGGUAAGUGGUUACCGCAACUAGUAUAGAUGUAAGUAUUUUUUCAAGAGGAAGUUUUAGGUGUGACUUAUUAUGGUUUUAUACGAACGAAGCCGGGAUGGGCCGUUAGUAUACGGUAAGAAGAUCGGAAAAUUAGUACAUGAUUACGGUAUGGAGGAAGUAAAAUCAUCAGGCUGGGAUAGUUACAACAAAAUGGGACCACGAGAUAAGAAUCGCAAAAAAGAAUGUGGUUGAAAUGGUAAUAUUUAGUUUUUCAGUGUUCGUGGAGUGAUACACCGUCAACUUUGACGUUAACUUUAACGUGAAAAAUGCAACACACGUCAGCGGCACGCCGGUUUAAGUCAACGUGAAAUUUGACGGUGCAAUUCACCCUUAUUGUCAUAUUUUCACUUUUAUCAUUCACGAAGUAGACAGAGCACGAUUAAUAUUAAAUAGAUAGGAAAUUUUGAUAGGUUUUAUAAGAUUUUUUAAAUUUGAAUUUGUAUUAUAAAAUGGACGGAAUGUUGUGAUUAAUAUUUUUAACUACACACCAAGAACUAAAAUUAUUAUAAAUAUAUAUUUUUUUUAUUUAUCAGAAAUGCUUUUUAUUUUAAAACAAUAAAUGUACAAAACGGAACGUCUGUCAUCCGACUCGAAGGACCAGAUUAAGAAAUAUUCUUAGCAAACAUUUCACAAGCAAUAAUGAAUCAAACUGAGAAAGAAAGUAGAUAUAUAGAAAGUGUCAUUAGUACAUAGAAGAAAGUAAAAGAUUUUUAUUAUUUUAAGACCAUAAUUUUUUCGCGGGUGACCAAAAUUAUCGAAAGUUUAGACGGUUUGAGUCUUAUAAAAACUUAGCUAUUUAAAUAUGCUUAGGCGUGCUGAAUUAUCAAUACGUGAUGGAUACCAUGUAGCUACCAUAUAGCUAAUUUAAAACUUGUGACUCACAAGUUAUAGUUAAUUCUUUUUUUUUGUUUUAAAAUAUUUACUAAUGUACGUAAUAAUCAUAAUACUUCAGUAUUAUUAUUUUUACCAUUUCACGCUUAUUCUAAUUUAUUAUUUGUAGACAGUAGCAAAUAUAGUGGCCCUGUAAUGAUACAAUUUUAGCUAUAAAAUGUUUUUCCGACAAAAUUAUAUUCGUGUAGUAAGAGGCGAAAAGUGAUCAUUAAAUAAAAACCGGUUUACAAGUAAUACUACCUAUUCCUUAAUGGAUAUAAAAAAACGACAAUAUUUCAAUAAACACAAGAGCGAGAGAGAAAUAUAAAGGGCCCAAUAAAGUUGACCAAUUGCAGCUAAGUUCACUGUUGUUGACUUGUGGCACCUAGCUAAUUUAACACGAAAACGAAACAUUACGUAACCACCGGUUUUGAUUGCGGUAUCUACCUAUGUUGUAUGUGGACAUAUGUGGUCGUCCAAAUCAAAAGGGACCUUAUGACGCCCGGCACUUACGCCAUUAUUGCCGUUGUUUUGUAUUCGAACAACGGCAAUAAAGACCUAAGUGCCAGUCGCCUUAAGGUCUCUUUUGAUUUGUACGGCCACAUAAUAUGCUGGUUUAAGGCAUAUGCUACACCGAAGAGAAAUCUAUUACUCUAUAGUAGGUUAUAAGUGUGGUAUCAUUUUAAAUUUAAAGACGGUCAGUGCCUUCGAAAGAUUAAUACAAUUUUUAACGGACUUUUCUUUCGUUUUCGGGAGCCGAUCCUGGGUGCAUCGUAGGUUAUGCUUAUCAUAAUAAUGGAUUGUCAUGGUAACUGAAGCGACUACGUGGAAAAUUUCAGCUGGCGGUGAAAUGUAACUUGCAAGAUUUUAUUACAAAACAUCGGGAAAGGUGAAACUAAAUAAAAGCUUGUAAAAUAUUAAUUUGGUUGUAAAAUACCUAUCAGUAGUCUGAACUCAUUGCCCUGAAUGGGACUCGUGCUUAUGGCUGCGUUGAGCAUAAAAUUGCAGAAUGUUCUGAUAAGAUUAAAUAUGUGUAUCUGAAUACAAUCCGAUAUUCUUAUCUUAUUGGUUGCCAAGCCUCAUGAAUGAUGGAAAUUUACAAGCAAUUAACUUUUGAAAAAUGCGCAUGAGAUUGGUACAGCGGCAGAUAUCCAAAAUUUUGUAAAGUUAAUUGCUGUUUUGCAGUCUGGGUCCCAUAAUCACAAUAAUUACUUACUUAGGUAGGCACACAAAAUCUUCACUACCUAUAUGUAUAAUUGUCAGUUUUUUGUAGGUAAGUAGUGGAAGUAUUUACCUCCAUAAAUAUUACAGGGAUAAAUAAAUUAAUGAAAAAUAAAUUCCAUUCAACUUGUUUUUGCGUGAAUGAGCAUCAAAAAUCAGACUUUCCCCUCUAGAUUAGGAGCAGUUGGUACCUAGUUUGAUUGUUAUUCAAUAAGUACAUACUUAUAGCAUUAAUACUUACAUACCUGACUCGCAGAAUUUAGAAUUAUUAAUCUAAGACCUGUCUUUAGUAAAUUAUCAUCAUUAAUAUAAUGUAAAUUACAUAAAAAAGAGUCAUUUUAAGUAGGGCUUUGUUUAUUUACUUCAAGAAAAUUAAUGUUCAGUCAAUGAUAUAAAAUACCGGUUCUUUGUUACGUCGCGCAUAUUUGUGUCCACUGUAUUUACUCUGUCCGCCAGUGUACUGGCAAUAGCCAGCGACGCAUCACGUUCCAUAUUCGAAUUAAUUCCGUUCUCGAACUAAAAGUGUCUUUCAAGGUUCAUUGAAAGUGAAUACUUUUCGUUGUUAUCAAGUGUACGGAGCAUUAUUCA